ACUUAUCGCCGUCUCGAUCGCCCUUCUGCCCUCGCCGCGUCCUCGGACCGCUCGUCAAAAUGAUCGCUUCGCAUUCGCAGUUCGCCUCGCUCCCCCAUCCUCUUCCGCCGCCGCCGCCGCGGCUCCUGAACCAGCCGUCAUUCCGGCCGAGGGCCACGCUCCUCUCCCGCGUCUUCCGCGUCCCCACGGGGCGAUGCCACCGUCAGCGACACCCUUGGGGCGGCGGAACGGUGCGGGCUCUGGACGCAGCCCAAGCGUUCGACUACGAGUCGCGGGCGUCGGAGGAGUUGGAGCAGCGCGCGCGCCUCAAGAUCGCGAUCGUCGGCUUCGGCAACUUCGGGCAGUUCCUGGCCCGCACGUUCGCUGCGCAGGGCCACGCCAUCCUCGCCUACUCCCGCUCCGAUCACUCCGCCGCCGCUGGAUCCCUCGGCGCCGCCUUCUUCCGUGACCCUCACGAUCUGUGCGAGCAGCACCCGGAUGUGGUGCUCCUCUGCACCUCCAUCCUCUCCGCCGAGGCCGUCCUCCGCUCCCUCCCCUUUCAGCGCCUCCGGCGCAGCACCCUCUUCGUCGACGUGCUCUCCGUCAAGGAGUUCCCCAAGAACCUCCUCCUCCACAUCCUGCCACCGGACUUCGACAUCCUCUGCACCCACCCCAUGUUCGGCCCUGAGAGCGGCAAGCACGGAUGGGCAGGUCUCCCCUUCGUCUACGACAAGGUUCGCAUCGGUGACUCAGAGGACCGCGUCGACCGGUGCCGCCGCUUCCUCGACAUCUUCGCUCGGGAGGGCUGCCGCAUGGUAGAAAUGUCCUGCGCUGAGCACGACGAGAACGCCGCCGAGAUCCAGUUCCUGACCCACACCGUCGGCCGCAUCCUCGCCAAGCUCGACCUUAAGUCCACUCCCAUCAACACCAAGGGCUACGAGACCCUGCUCAAACUCGUAGAGAACACCUGUAGCGACAGCUUCGACCUUUACAACGGCCUCUUCAUGUACAACAAGAACUCUACCGAGUUGCUUGAACGCCUCGAGCUCGCCUUCGAUUCCCUCAAGAAGGAGCUCUUCGGCCGCCUGCAUGACAUCCUGCGCAAGCAGCUCUUCGAGAGCCCUAACGGCAGUAGUGCGCCUGUCGCCAAGGAUAAUUGAAGAAUGUCCUUUUUAUUUCCUUGUCACUAUGUAUGCAAGUAGUUUUCUUUUUCCAGUUACUUAAUUAUCAUUCAAUGUUAUCCUUUUCUUUUCCUCCCACAGGAUUUCCAGUCCUAUGCGGAGAUACAUUCGGUAGGCUGGUUUAUGAAGAUAACAAUCUCGUAGUUGGCAAGUGCCAAUGGAUCAGGGAAAGGUCUGGAUCAAAAGGUGCAUCGACUUGAAUUCAACUGCACAAGUGAGAGAGAAAGAAAGUGAUUAUUUUACAUGCAUUAAAGAAAAAGAGGAAGAAUUGGCUUCAGGUCAACUGUAUGGCAUUAUUGAUGCUGCCAUAUGGCAUUUUUGUAUGUGAGUUAUCCCAACUUAACUGUAUGGCAUUACCUCUAUGCACGUAACUGGAAACUUAGGUGAUGUGCUUAUCAAACAAGAUCUAUCCCUUUCUUAAUAUGUUUAAUAAUGCUUGCAUAAAUCUAUUUGAGAUCAUCUUUUCUCAGAUAAGUUGCAUAAGUUUAUGCAAGCUUGCUCUUUCUUAAAUAAGUUAAUGAUGAUGGAUAAAUCUACUCAACAGAGGUUUUGUAUCACAAAGAGAGAUCGUGCCAUAUCAAAGUUUAUGUAGGUUUUCUUAGUGCAAGAAGAAACGGCAAUAGUGAAGAAUUGUGUUAAUUCAAAAUAUCAAAUUGUUAUCGUUUAUUAAUCUCUGAACAAAAUAUCUAUUGAGCAGAACACCAAGGAAAUAUUUUGCUGAGUGUUUUAGUAGAGUGUGCUGCUUUGUUAAUGCAUUUCAACUGUUGUUUUCUUAUACAUGUCACUUUGCUACUUAAAAAAUUGACAUAAUAACACAAAUGUGGAUCACACAAUAGAUGAUGAUAAUGCUUAACCAUCACUUAAGGUUUUUACAUCAUGAUAUAGUUUUAACCAAAUCUACAGGUCAUGAGUUUCAUAGUUUUUCCAAGUCGACAGUGAGUUUAUUGUUUCUCUGAGUCGGCAGUAUCCUUUUCCUUUGCUAACUCUUAUCUUCAUAUGAUCUUCACCUAUCCAUGGAUUAUAGCAUUUUGUUGAAGAAGCAUACUUAAAGCUUUGAGUUUAUUGUUUGGGAACAUGAUAGAUUGCUUUAUAACAGAGGCCCAUAUAUGUUAGCACCAUUUCUCUUUUGUGCUUCUUAUCAUGAAUAGAAUCAUUGAGCAAUUACAAUAGUCAGCCAACUUGAAACAAGUAAAAGGUUAACUGUUGAGAUGAUAUUGUCUAUAUUUUUCGUGUCUUUGAUCUGUUACAUGUAGUUUUUUGAACUUUUUCUUUAAAUUAGUAGUUUCUUAGUUGUCAACGGCACUCCAAAGAAGAAAACAGAUAUUUCUCUUUUGUGUCAUUCUUUUUCCAUGCGGCAUUGAAGGUUAUGAAGUUUGCAGCAUUUUAAAUGAAAGUACUGCUCUGUCCGAGUCUUUGAAGGUAGUCCUUAUGACUAUGUGCAUAAGUGUAUUUAAUCAUGCCACUUUCACUUCAAUGGUUUCUAAGCUACUUAAUUAUGGUCCAUUUAAAGCAAAUCUAUGCCUCCUCUCCUGCAAUUUUAGAUCUCUUGAACCCCACAUUGGCGGGAACUAAAAGUAAAUUUACAAAAAACUUGUUUAUUUUGUUUUCCUGGUGGCAAAGACGUGAACUGAGUGUCUCUCGAGAUGCUUAUGGACACAAGACAAUGAACUUUCAUGGACUUGCAACCUCUCAGGGCAUGAUAUGCGUGAUAAUUUAAAUCAGCCAUUUGGUAUCUAAGAGAUACCAUGUUUGGGUCACUCUGAGAAGAUCAAACUACAAGUAAAAGAUCCGUAAAUGUUCUUUAGAAGCUGCCAAGAUUGAGAGUGAUGGAUCUGAGUUUCAGUAGAUGAUGAUUGCCCUUCUUAUGAUGAGUAUGUAUAUGAUCUCAAUUAAUGAAAUGGCUUUUGUAGAAUUGAAUAUAUGGGUGAAAGAUGAAAAGUUUUCCAGUUAGAAUUAUAACUCCUCCUGAUAAUCAUAAUUACUAUGUAUGAUAUGCUGCAUUAGCUACCAGUACUUAAAACAUUCUGAUUGUUCAACAUGCAAAGGAUGCUAGAUUUCUUUGUUGUAUCAAAAUAUAUGAUUCACUAAGUAAUAUAUUCGAUAUCACAAUUUAGAACUGCCUUUGUUACUCUUUCUUUAUUGACUAAAUAGCAAGUUAAUAACCUACCUUAGACCAUCAAACAUAACUGUGAAAUACAUGAAUGGAUAGCAUUAUCUUUUAUAGCAUCAUUUGAUUCUAAGACAUAACUUUGCAAAACUGUAGAAGUAUUUACUGUCUCAAUUACCUUUAUUCUUUUUGGAUCUAAUCCUUGUAGUGAAUCUUUUAUCUUUUGCAGAUAUUCUUACUGCAUCAUAGUUGGAUCCUCCUUGCAGUAACGUGAGUCAUUCUUUCACGUGUCCUUAACACCGACAAAAUUUCGCUGGCCAACUUGCCCACAUGUCGUCUCCAUAAUGCUUGAGAGAAAACCCCUGUCUAAAAGGAAAUGUAGUACAAAUUUUGCUAUUUCGGAUUCGUUUGUGGUACCAAGACAUAGAAUUACAACUCCUCCUGACAAUCUAGUAAAACAUUUUCAGAAAAUCAUGUCUGCUUGCAGGCAUAGAUUUGUUGUGUAGAAUUCUGUUUCGUAGAAGGUUUGUGGUCCUCUUCACGUUGUGGAGAUGCAGAAUGGUCUCACUGAGGUGAAUGAACACUUGAAUAACUAUUGAAGAAGUUCUUUAAUGGUCAUUGUUGCAGAAAAUUAUUGGAGAUUUGUACA